CUAGUACAUAUAUCUUCAAUGAUUUUCUAGAUGGGAAUAAGCUCCUCUUACUUGCUCAUGAAAAUUGCAAAUAAAAAAUUAAAAAAAAAAAAAUCUGCAAAGCAAUAAUCUUCGCUUUGAAUCUCUGGUCUAAUUCGGUGAUGGUGUGGAAACUUCUCCAAGGAGAAGAAUAGAUAGAUCGCACAACGUUCUUUCAAGGCAAGAAGGCCUAUAUAUACAUAGCAAAUGCUCACUGCGGCUUAAACCAGGCAUCAACGAAUAUUAAAGGAAGGAGAAACCGCAGAUAACUGGAGAGGCUGAAGAUGAAGCAAAUGGGUUAUAUGAGAAAUCCACAUUUGUACUUGUCAGCCGUGAGAGCUCUCCUUGGUCUGCUGUUCCUGGGUUGGUUAAUGAUCUGGGCGGUAAUGCCUACCAAAACUUACAGAGAAAAGUGGAGCUCUAAGCUCGUAUCUGCCACCAUCUCCACCUUCCUCGGAAUGCAAGGGACUUGGAUUCUAAUCAUUACAUUCCCCAUCUUAUUCAUUGCUGUAGUGGGGUGCCUUUAUCUCCAUUUAGUGGAGAAAAACCGUUCAAGGGAACGGUUUAAUGGAAGUGGGGAGUUAAUCCGGCGACUGAGAGCGUGGCGGAGGCCGGCGAUGGUGAGCGGCCCGCUUGGGGUGAUCACCGCAGUUGAACUUGCCUUCUGCAUCAUGUUCAUGAUCCUCGUCAGCUGGGCCUUGUACGCGUACAUAAGUGGCGGCCUUUCCCACGUCAGCUCUAUGGUUGCUGCAGAGAACGGAGAGAAACUGUGGGAGGCGAAGUUAUAUGAUGUGGGCUUACAGUUGGGUCUGGCCGGAAAUAUGUGUGCAGCCUUCCUCUUCUUCCCGGUGGCUCGCAGCUCCUCUCUUCUGCCGCUGGUUGGAUUGACAUCGGAAAGCAGCAUCAGGUAUCAUGUAUGGCUUGGCCAUUUAGUCAUGGUUCUCUUCACUGCACACGGCCUCUGUUAUGUCAUCGUCUGGGCUUUUAAUGGCAGCAUCAACGAGAUGCUGAAAUGGGCGAGUGUUGACAUCUCAAACGUGGCGGGAGAAGCAACUCUGCUCUGUGGUUUGGCUAUGUGGGCGGUUACCUUCCCUCGCAUUCGUCGCAGUAUGUUCGAGCUUUUCUUUUACGCUCAUUAUUUGUACAUUCCCUUUCUGCUCUUCUAUCUUCUACACGUUAGCUUCGCUCCCUUCUGCUUCAUCCUUCCCGGCGUCUACCUUUUUAUCGUCGACCGCUUCCUCCGCCUCCUGCAAUCGCGGCGUAGAGUUCGAUUGCUCUCUGCACGGCUUCUGCAAUCUGAGGCCAUGGAACUUAACUUCGCAAAGGCUCCUGGUUUCAGCUACAAUCCGACAAGCAUGGUUUUCAUAAAGGUGCCAAGUAUCUCAUCGCUUCAAUGGCAUCCCUUCACAGUGACCUCGAGCAGCAGCCUGGAGCUAGAGAAUCUCAGCGUCGUCAUAAAGAAGGAUGGGAGGUGGACUCAGAAGCUCUUUGAGCUGCUCUCCCAGCCAUCGCUACAACGCCUCGAGGUUGCGGUAGAAGGGCCAUAUAGCCCGGGAUCCAUCGAUUUUCUCAGCUAUGAUUCACUGAUACUCGUAAGCGGCGGCAGUGGAAUCACCCCCUUCAUCUCCAUAAUCCGAGAAUUAGUCCACCACAGCGCCACCCUCUCCAACAAACCACCAACCGUCCUCUUGAUCUCCAUCUUCAAAACUGGAGCAGAUCUAACCAUGCUCAACCUUCUCCUACCAAUACCAAACACCACCACCACCACCACCUUCUCCCAGCUACAGCUCCAAGUACUGGCCUUCGUUACAAGCGAGCAACAAGCUCCUCUGCUGAGUGCAAACAACGACGCCGAAACCAUGAAGCUUGGCAUCCGAUCCAUAUACCUAAAUCCCAAUCCCUCUGACGGCACCGUGGCUCCCGUCCUCGGCCCCAACAGCUGGCUCUGGCUUGCCGCCAUCAUCUCAUCCUCAUUCCUGGCCUUUCUCCUCCUCAUCGGCAUACUCACGCGGUACUACAUAUAUCCUAUUGAUCACAAUACUUACGAGGUCUUUUCUUAUACGAAGAUGGCAUUGCUCUACUUGCUGAUCAUGUGCUGGUGCAUUGCCGCCAUGGCUGGAUAUGCUGUUCUGUGGAACAAGAAUAUGAAUUGCAAGGAAGAGGAGUUAAUGCCAGUUCGAAUGACUGAAGUGCCUGCGCCGGCGAUGAUGAAGUCGAGCUUGUGGGCGGUUGGCGGUGAGAUUGAAAGCGAGCCUCGUGAGGCAUUGUUUGGAGCCUUUAAGAUUCAGUAUGGUGAAAGACCUAAUCUCAAGAAGUUACUAUUGGAGUUUGGUGAAAACUCAAGCAGCAUUGGGGUGAUGGCGAGUGGUCCCAGUUCAUUGCGUCGCGAGGUUGCAGCUAUUUGCUCUUCAGACAAUGCCGGGAAUUUGCACUACAAUUCCAUAAGCUUCACAUGGUGAUUAAGGGUCACAUGGUGAUUAAGGGUCCGUUUGGGGCAGCUCGUGAAACGCGGCCCCCGGGCCGGCCCCGGGAAUCGACACGCGACCUGCAUUUAGUGUAAAAAUUCAAACGCAGUUUCAAAUAAGCUGAUGAAACGUGCGAACCAAACGGUACGGCGGAAGUUGCCCCAAACAGACCCUAAGUAUUUAUCAAAAGUUAUUAGCUACUUAUAGAUGCCAAUAUUGAAAUGAAUGUCCUGACAUUAAGAAAUUGAUGCUUAGCUCAUUAG